AUGAGUUAUCGCUUCACCGACCUAAAGUCUUCCAAAAGUGGAAGUUUCAACAACAACAAACUACUACGGAUACAGGAUUCUACAAUGCUGACAGCAGGACUUAGUGCUGGGAUAUUGCAACUUCAAUCUUUUGCAGGUUUUGGAAUGUUUUUUGCUGUUUAUAUCCUGGUGAACCUCAUAUUUAUAGCGUGGUUUUGCAAAUUCAAGCCUAGUCUAUAUUUUACUAAUCCAGUGCAUAAAAUAUGGGUUAAAAAUCUAUUCCGCGAGCUAGCUGGGUUUGUCAUGACUUGGACGUUAGCGUUCACUUUGGUCAGGUAA